GCAUACUUUAGGAUUUAGGAAGGAACACUCCCCAGUGACAUCAGUUAGGUUUGAAGAAGAAAAAAAGUCUCAGCUCUCGACUCAAACCGUGCAGUGGAGCAACAAGGGGGCCGAGAGCGCCUUCCCGACUUUUUCAAUUAUAUAGCCCGCAAAGAGAACUGGACGGAACUGUAGGCUAUCAUCUCAACUACUACAACUUGACCUCGUCAACCCGGGGAGUGAGGAUUAUAACACUUAUUCAGAGAAUAUGUCAACCUCAGACGAGGCAGACGGGCUUCGGCCGAGAUAUGGGUCCGUUCUGGAUGGUGUGGAGCGCCUCACAGCAGAGGAGAUGGAUGAGAGGAGGCAGCAGAACAUGGCCUACGAGUACCUCUGUCAUCUCGAGGAGGCUAAACGGUGGAUGGAGGCGUGUCUGGAUGAGGAGCUCCCGCCCACCACAGAGCUGGAGGAGGGGCUUAGGAACGGGGUGUACCUGGCCAAACUCGGGAACUUCUUUGCCCCACAAACCGUUUCCAUCAAGAAAAUCUAUGACCGCGAGCAGACCCGCUACAAGGCCACUGGGCUUCAUUUUAGACAUACAGACAACGUCAUCCAGUGGCUCAACGCCAUGACAGAGAAGGGCCUGCCAAAGAUCUUCUAUCCAGAGACUACAGACAUCUAUGAUAGGAAGAACAUGCCGCGCUGCAUCUACUGCAUACAUGCUCUCAGUUUGUACCUGUUCAAGCUGGGUCUAGCCCCUCAGAUCCAGGACCUGUAUGGCAAGGUGGACUUCACAGAGGAGGAGAUUAACAACAUGAAGAGUGAACUGGAGAAGUACGGAAUCCAGAUGCCCGCCUUCAGCAAGAUUGGUGGAAUCCUGGCCAAUGAGCUGUCAGUGGAUGAGGCUGCGUUGCAUGCAGCAGUGAUAGCCAUCAAUGAGGCCAUAGACCAGGGGGUCCCUGAGGGCACAAUGGCUGCCAUGCAGAACCCCAACGCCAUGCUGCUUCAGAUGAACACCAGCUCUGCCCAGCACUACCAGGACAUGCUGCACAGUGCCAAGGCUGAGAAGGUGGCCAACUCACGCAAACGGCUGGGGGAGAACUCCGACGCAGAGAGAGAUGUCUAUGAAGAGCUCCUCACACAGGCUGAGAUCCAGGGCAACGUCAACAAGGUCAACUUGACCAGUUCCCUGAGUGCAGCCGAGCAGGCCCUGCUGAGUGGUGAUGAAGACCGGCUGUAUGAAGCACUUCGCUCCCAGGCUUUGGGCCUACACCGCCUGCAGGCCCAGAACAAGGGCUGGUACCUCAAACAGCUGAUGGCUGCCCGUGAGGACAAAGAACAGAAUUCUCCAGGGGAGGCGCUGACUAAAGAUGAGUUGCAAACUGGAGUAGAUGCAGCCAAUGGGAUUGCAGCAGGCUACCAGAAAAUGUUGCAGGCGGUGGAGAGGAUAAACGCGGCCGUCAGAGCGGGUGUGCCCGAGAACACGGCAGCAGAGCUGAUGAACCCUGAUGCCCAGCUGCCCGAGGUCUACCCCAGCGCUGCCGACCUCUAUCAGAGAGAGCUGACCAGCCUGCAGCAGCAGAGCCCAGAUGGUUCUCUGUCCCAUCCGGAGCUACUGGUUGCCGUGGAGAUGUUGUCGUCGGUGGUGUUGAUAAAUAGGGCGUUGGACGUGGGCGACCGGAAUUCCAUGUGGAGACAACUGGCCAGCGCCGUUACUGGACUCAGUAACGUGGAGGACGAAUACGCACAGAGGUACAUGGAUGAAUUGAUGAGGCUGAAGGCAGUGGCCAGGGAGGAAGGCAGUGACUAUCUGACCUGGAACGACAUCCAGGCCUGUGUUGACCAGGUCAACUUGACCAUACAGGAGGAGCACGAACGUAUUGUGGCCAUCGGUCAGAUCAACGAAGCUCUGGAUGGGGGAGACCCACAGAACACCCUAGAAGCCCUCCUGCACUCUGCAGCCAAGCUAACAGACGUAGACCCCUCCAUCGCCCAGCACUACUACGACAAACUGCUUGAGGCACGCAGGGAGAAGGCACAUGAGACCCAGGACCCCUCCGCUGUGCUCUGGUUGGAUGAGAUCCAGAACGCUAUACUGAUGUCCAAUAAGGAUACCCAGGAGGCCUUGCAGUUCUCCCAGGCCAUCCAGGCCAUCAACAGAGCGGUGGACAGUGGCGAGGUGCCUAAGACCCUGGCUGCGCUGCGCUCCCCUGGGGCCGGCCUCUACGGAGUCACCCCUGAGUGUGCCCAGAACUACCAGGACGACCUGGCCAAGAUCAAACAGGACAAGACCCAGGAUGGUGACAAUGGCAGUAACUGGAUGAAGCACUGGGUGAAGGGAGGACACCACUACUACUACAACCUGAAGACAGGAGAGGGCUCCUGGACUGAACCUGCAGACUUCCUCCAGAACAACACCCAGCUCAACAAGGAGGACAUCCAGUCUGUGGUUUCCGGGGUGACCACCACCUACAACCGGGAGCAGCUGUGGCUGGCCAAUGAGAGCCUGAUUGCCAAGCUGCAGGCCGGAUGCCGUGGCUACCUGGUGAGGAAAGGCCUGAAGGAGAGAAAAGACUUCCUGAAAUCCCAGGACCCAGCCAUUACCACCAUACAGGCUCAUUUUAGAGGCUACAAGCAGAGGAAGGUGUAUAUAAAGAGGAAGGAGUACCUGAAUGACCACAGCGAGGAUGCUGUAAAGAUCCAGUCGAUGGUGAGGAUGCACCAAGCUCGCAAGAAGUACAGAGACCGCCUGAAGCACUUCAAGGACCAUAUCAAUGAUGUGGUGAAGAUCCAGGCGUUCAUCAGAGCCAACAAAGCCAGAGAUGACUACAAGACACUCAUCAAUGCUGACGACCCUCCCAUGGCGGUGGUGCGCAAGUUCGUCCACCUCCUGGACCACAGCGACCAGGACUUCCAGGAAGAGCUGGACUUGAUGAGGCUCCGGGAGGAGGUGGUCACCAACAUCCGCUCCAACCAGCAGCUGGAGAAUGACCUGAACCUGAUGGACAUCAAGAUCGGCCUGCUGGUCAAGAACAAGAUCACCCUGCAGGAGGUGGUGUCCCACAGCAACAAGCUGACCAAGAAGAACAAGGGCGAGUUGUCCAACCUGAUGAUGAUGAACAAACAGAGAGGAGGCCUGAAGGCUCUGAGCAAGGAGAAGAGGCUCAAGCUGGAGGCCUAUCAGUAUCUCUUCUACCUGCUGCAGACCAACCCCACCUACCUGGCCAAGCUGAUCUUCCAGAUGCCCCAGAAUAAGUCCACUAAGUUCAUGGACUCUGUGAUCUUCACCCUGUAUAACUACGCCUCCAACCAGAGAGAGGAGUACCUGCUGCUCAAACUCUUCAAGACCGCCCUGCAGGAGGAGAUCAAAUCCAAAGUGGACCAGAUCCAGGAGAUCGUCACGGGCAACCCCACGGUCAUCAAGAUGGUGGUGAGCUUCAACCGUGGCGCCCGAGGCCAGAAUGCACUGCGUCAGAUCCUGGCACCUGUCGUCAAGGAAAUCAUGGACGACAAGACGCUGAACAUCAAGACUGACCCGGUGGACAUCUACAAGAGCUGGGUCAACCAGAUGGAGACACAAACUGGAGAGGCCAGUAAACUACCCUAUGAGGUAACACCAGAGCAGGCUAUGAGUCACGAGGAGGUGCGCACUCGUCUGGAAGCGUCCAUCAAGAACAUGAGGAUGGUCACAGACAAGUUCCUGUCCGCCAUCAUUGUCUCUGUGGACAAAAUCCCGUAUGGGAUGCGUUUCACCUCCAAGGUGCUGAAGGACACACUCCAUGAGAAGUUCCCCGACGCUACAGAGGAUGAGCUUCUAAAGAUCGUGGGUAACCUGCUGUACUACCGCUACAUGAAUCCGGCCAUCGUGGCGCCCGACGCCUUCGACAUCAUCGACCUGUCGGCCGGAGGUCAGCUGACCACAGACCAACGGCGGAACCUGGGCUCCAUCGCCAAGAUGCUGCAGCACGCCGCGUCCAAUAAGAUGUUCUUGGGGGACAACGCCCACCUCAACCCCAUCAACGAGUACCUCAGCAGCUCCUACCAGAAGUUCAGGCGUUUCUUCUUGGCGGCGUGUGACGUCCCGUCAUUGGAGGACAAGUUCAACGUGGAUCAGUACUCUGACGUGGUCACACUUCAGAAACCUGUCAUCUACAUCUCUAUAGGGGAGGUCAUCAACACGCACACGCUGCUGUUGGACCACCAGGAUGCCAUCGCCUCGGAGCACAACGACCCCAUCCACGAGCUGCUGGAGGACCUUGGAGAGGUGCCCACCAUAGAGUCCCUCAUCGGUGAGAACCCCCUCCCCCCAGGGGACCCCAACAGGGAGACGAUGGGGAAGACAGAGGUGUCCCUCACCCUCGCCAACAAGUUUGACGUUCCCGGAGAGGCCAAUGCCGAGAUGGACGCCAGGACUCUACUGCUUAACACCAAGCGGCUGAUCGUGGACGUGAUCCGGUUCCAACCUGGAGAAACGCUCACUGAGAUUCUGGAGGGUGCUGCCAGUCCUGAACAGGAAGUGGAGUACCAGCGUGCUAUGCAGCGGCGGGCCAUCCGUGAUGCCAAAACCCCGGAGAAGAUGAAGCAGGCCAAGCCGGUGGUGGAUGACAGCCUGACGCUGCAGGGCAAGAAGGACAAGAUCAGGAGCAACCUGCAGCGCCUGGCAGAGCUGGGCAAGGUGCACCCUGAGAACCGCUACCAGGACCUCAUCAACGACAUCGCCAAGGACAUCCGAAACCAGCGGCGGUAUCGGCAGCGGAGGAAGGCGGAGCUGGUGAAGCUCCAACAGACCAACACCGCCCUCAACUCCAAGACCGCCUUCUACAACGUCCAGAUUGACUACUACAAUCAGUACAUCAAGACCUGCAUGGACAACCUGGCCAGCAACAAGGGCAAGCUGUCAAAGAAACCAGGUGACACCAAGGCCAAGAAGAGUAAACAGGUGUCUCAGAAGUACACCGCCGCUCGCCUCCAUGAGAAGGGUGUGCUGAUCGAGAUUGAAGACCUGCAGACAAACCAGUUUAAGAAUGUUAUCUUUGAGAUCUCUCCGUCGGAGGCGGUUGGAGUGUUCGAUGUGAAGGCCAAGUUCAUGGGAGUGCACUUGGAGACGUUACAGUUGGAAUACCAGGACCUCCUGCAGCUGCAGUACGAGGGUGUGGCUGUGAUGAAGCUCUUCGACAGGGCUACCAUCAAUGUCAACCUGCUCAUCUUCCUGCUCAACAAGAAGUUUUACGGAAAAUAGAUGGAUGAGACGGGGAGAGGGAGGGAAAGAGAAGGAGAGGGGGCUACAGACACUGUUGAGAACAGAACAUCGAACAGAGGGCCUUGGCUCUAUGCUGUCUUAUCUUAGCUCGCUUUCCCCCUCUUCCGCACUACUUUAAGUAUAUGUAUUCAUUAUGUGCCUUAUUGAGAUGGAAUAUUCAGUGUACGGUAUGUGCCUUAUUGAGAUGGAAUAUUCACCGUACGGUAUGUGCCUUAUUUAGAUGGAAUAUUCACCGUACGGUAUGUUCCUUAUUGAGAUGGAAUAUUCAGCGUACGGUAUGUUCCUUAUUGAGAUGGAAUAUUCACCGUACGGUAUGUGCCUUAUUGAGAUGGAAUAUUCACUGUACGGUAUGUUCCUUAUUGAGAUGGAAUAUUCACCGUACGGUAUGUUCCUUAUUGAGAUGGAAUAUUCACCGUACGGUAUGUUCCUUAUUGAGAUGGAAUAUUCACCGUACGGUAUGUUCCUUAUUGAGAUGGAAUAUUCACUGUACGGUAUGUUCCUUAUUGAGAUGGAAUAUUCACUGUACGGUAUGUUCCUUAUUGAGAUGGAAUAUUCACCGUACGGUAUGUUCCUUAUUGAGAUGGAAUAUUCAGUGUACGGUAUGUUCCUUAUUGAGAUGGAAUAUUCACUGUACGGUAUGUGCCUUAUUGAGAUGGAAUAUUCACUGUACGGUAUGUGCCUUAUUGAGAUGGAAUAUUCAGUGUACGGUAUGUUCCUUAUUGAGAUGGAAUAUUCACCGUACGGUAUGUUCCUUAUUGAGAUGGAAUAUUCACCGUACGGUAUGUUCCUUAUUGAGAUGGAAUAUUCACCGUACGGUAUGUUCCUUAUUGAGAUGGAAUAUUCACUGUACGGUAUGUUCCUUAUUGAGAUGGAAUAUUCACCGUACGGUAUGUUCCUUAUUGAGAUGGAAUAUUCACCGUACGGUAUGUGCCUUAUUGAGAUGGAAUAUUCACCGUACGGUAUGUUCCUUAUUGAGAUGGAAUAUUCACCGUACGGUAUGUUCCUUAUUGAGAUGGAAUAUUCACCGUACGGUAUGUUCCUUAUUGAGAUGGAAUAUUCACCGUACGGUAUGUUCCUUAUUGAGAUGGAAUAUUCAGCGUACGGUAUGUUCCUUAUUGAGAUGGAAUAUUCACCGUACGGUAUGUGCCUUAUUGAGAUGGAAUAUUCACCGUACGGUAUGUGCCUUAUUGAGAUGGAAUAUUCACCGUACGGUAUGUGCCUUAUUGAGAUGGAAUAUUCACCGUACGGUAUGUGCCUUAUUGAGAUGGAAUAUUCACCGUACGGUAUGUUCCUUAUUGAGAUGGAAUAUUCACUGUACGGUAUGUUCCUUAUUGAGAUGGAAUAUUCAUUGUACGGUAUGUUCCUUAUUGAGAUGGAAUAUUCACCGUACGGUAUGUUCCUUAUUGAGAUGGAAUAUUCACCGUACGGUAUGUUCCUUAUUGAGAUGGAAUAUUCAGUGUACGGUAUGUUCCUUAUUGAGAUGGAAUAUUCACCGUACGGUAUGUUCCUUAUUGAGAUGGAAUAUUCACCGUACGGUAUGUUCCUUAUUGAGAUGGAAUAUUCACCGUACGGUAUGUUCCUUAUUGAGAUGGAAUAUUCACCGUACGGUAUGUGCCUUAUUCGCCAAGGAAAAGUCCACCGGAAGCCUGCUGGAUGCUCCAAGUGUAUCCUCGUCAGGAUCCAGAGUGCUUGUUGCGUUUUGUGUUACUAUGUUACUGUAAGACUGUCAAAGCUAUAAGAUAUGGAUUUGUCUGUGUCAGGCGCUUGUUUUCCAGUUAUUUGAAACACAGUUCAACAGUUGCAUGUUGAUGACAUCACGCAAGCAAUUUUGUCAUACAGUAUAGCUUUAAGAAACUUGCAAAUCCACUAUUGGCAUAGGAAAUAGCCUUUCAAGAGUAGACUGAACAAUCUAUGUAGAAAAAUGUGUUAUGCUUUGUGUUAAAUAAAUGUAUAAACAAAAA